AUGGGGUUUUCCAAGAAGGGUAUUUUGAGGGUUGGCAACGAGCACGUGCACGAGCACCCGUGGUGUCAAUUCUUUAGGAAUGGGAAAGACUUUAUUGCUAUAGAUACUGCUAUUGUAAAGUAUAAGGUAGUGAUACCUGCUGAAAAACUACGGUAUUCUAAAGAAAAGACUUCGCCAUCAAUAGUAAUUGUAAGAGGAGCGAACAAUAUAUUAUCGACCGUUAAUUGGGAUGACGUUUCUUCCAAAAUAUCAAUCCAAAAAAUAUCAUGGCGCUUUAUUCCACCUCAAGCGCCAUGGUGGGGUGGAUGGUGGGAGCGUGUGGUUCGUACUAUAAAAGAAAUUUUGAGGAGAGUUUUAGGCAAAGCUGCUCUGUUAGAAAAAGAAUUGUUCACUGUACUUUGCGAAACAGAAGCUGUCAUUAAUUCACGUCCUCUGACUUAUAUAGUAGAUAGUACUGAAAAUUUUAAAGCUCUCACUCCAGCUAUGUUUCUUAAGGUAGGCAAUACUUCUACGUUUGAUUUAAACCAAGUUAAAUCACCUAAUCUUACUACUCGUUAUAGUUAUAUCGAAAAAGUUAAUACAGAUCUACAACAAAGAUUUCGAUCAGAAUAUUUAUCUUUACUAGUACAAAAGAACACUAAAAACGAGAACAAUCUCCAACCUAGGGAUAUCGUGCUUAUAGGUUUAGAUAAUUUGAAGCGCGUUAACUGGCCUUUAGGUCUCAUUUUAGAGAUAUGUUUAGGUGUUGAUAAUGUCGGUAGGGUAGCACGUGUUAAAACAGCAAAGGGUGAACGUGUUCGUGCACUGCAACGUUUAUUUCUUUUAGAGAUAUCGAGGUUAGAGAGUAUUCAGUUUCCACAGUCAUCAGGGUCAAAUGAUAAAGUCGCAGAUCCCGCUCUUGAGCCCGACAAUCUUUUAACAAAGACAACACAUUCUGCUCGUCUUGUGAAACUGCCUCGACGUCUAAACCUGUGA